CUGGCUCCGCCCCCUCAUCGAGGCGCCGCUCGCGCAUGCGUUCUGGCUUCACCCUCGCCACCGCGCCAUUUUGCCGGGGUUUGAAUGUGAGGCGAAGUAGCGGCGGGGCCGGGUUGUGCCGCCUACAGUCCGCAGCUGGGGUUCCCUCCUCUGUACCCGGAUCCCCACGAGGUUCUAGAGCAAUGGAGCUCAGCGAUGCAAAUUUGCAAACAUUAACAGAAUAUUUAAAGAAAACCCUUGAUCCUGAUCCUGCCAUCAGACGUCCAGCUGAGAAAUUUCUUGAAUCUGUAGAAGGAAAUCAGAAUUACCCACUAUUGCUUUUAACAUUACUGGAAAAGUCCCAGGAUAAUGUUAUCAAAGUGUGUGCUUCUGUAACCUUCAAGAACUAUAUUAAAAGGAACUGGAGAAUUAUUGAAGAUGAGCCAAACAAAAUUUGUGAGGCUGAUCGAGUAGCCAUUAAAGCCAACAUAGUACACUUGAUGCUCAGCAGCCCAGAGCAGAUUCAAAAGCAGUUGAGUGAUGCUAUUAGCAUUAUUGGCAGAGAAGAUUUCCCUCAGAAAUGGCCUGACUUACUGACAGAAAUGGUGAAUCGCUUUCAGAGUGGAGAUUUCCAUGUUAUUAAUGGGGUCCUUCGUACAGCACAUUCAUUAUUUAAAAGAUAUCGUCAUGAGUUCAAGUCAAAUGAGUUAUGGACUGAAAUUAAACUUGUCCUGGACGCCUUUGCUUUGCCUUUGACUAAUCUAUUUAAGGCCACCAUUGAACUGUGCAGUACCCACGCCAAUGAUGCCUCUGCCCUGAGGAUUCUUUUUUCUUCCUUGAUCUUGAUAUCAAAAUUGUUCUAUAGCUUAAACUUUCAGGAUCUCCCUGAAUUUUUUGAAGAUAACAUGGAAACUUGGAUGAACAAUUUUCACACCCUCUUGACAUUGGAUAAUAAACUUCUACAGACUGAUGAUGAAGAGGAAGCGGGCUUAUUGGAGCUCCUAAAGUCCCAGAUUUGUGAUAAUGCUGCACUCUAUGCACAAAAGUAUGAUGAGGAAUUUCAACGGUACCUGCCUCGCUUUGUCACAGCUAUCUGGAACUUACUAGUUACAACAGGCCAAGAAGUUAAAUAUGAUUUGUUGGUAAGUAAUGCAAUUCAAUUUCUGGCUUCAGUUUGUGAGAGACCUCAUUAUAAGAAUCUGUUUGAGGACCAGAACACGCUGACAAGUAUCUGUGAAAAGGUUAUUGUGCCUAACAUGGAAUUUAGAGCUGCUGAUGAAGAAGCAUUUGAAGAUAAUUCUGAGGAGUACAUAAGAAGAGACUUGGAAGGAUCUGAUAUUGACACUAGACGCAGGGCUGCAUGUGAUCUGGUACGAGGAUUAUGCAAGUUUUUUGAGGGACCUGUGACAGGAAUUUUCUCUGGGUAUGUUAAUUCCAUGCUCCAGGAAUAUGUAAAAAAUCCAUCUGUCAACUGGAAACACAAAGAUGCAGCCAUUUACCUGGUGACAUCUUUGGCAUCGAAAGCCCAGACACAGAAGCAUGGAAUUACACAAGCUAAUGAACUUGUAAACCUGACUGAGUUCUUCGUGAAUCACAUCCUUCCUGACUUAAAAUCAGCUAAUGUAAAUGAAUUUCCUGUGCUUAAAGCUGAUGGGAUCAAAUAUAUCAUGAUUUUUAGGAAUCAAGUACCAAAAGAGCAUCUUCUAGUGUCUAUUCCUCUCUUGAUCAGUCAUCUUCAAGCCGAAAGCAUUGUUGUUCAUACAUAUGCAGCACAUGCUCUUGAAAGACUGUUCACUAUGAGAGGGCCUCACAAUGCCACUCUUUUUACAGCUGCAGAAAUCGCACCGUUUGUUGAGAUUCUGCUAACAAACCUUUUCAAAGCUCUCACACUUCCUGGCUCUUCAGAAAAUGAAUAUAUUAUGAAAGCUAUCAUGAGAAGUUUCUCCCUCCUACAAGAAGCCAUAAUCCCCUAUAUCCCUACUCUCAUCACUCAGCUUACACAGAAGCUAUUAGCUGUUAGUAAGAACCCAAGCAAACCUCACUUUAAUCACUACAUGUUUGAGGCGAUAUGCUUGUCCAUAAGAAUCACCUGCAAAGCUAACCCCACUGCUGUGGUGAAUUUUGAAGAGGCUUUGUUUCUGGUGUUCACUGAGAUCUUACAAAAUGAUGUGCAAGAAUUUAUCCCGUACGUCUUUCAAGUGAUGUCUUUGCUUCUGGAAACUCACAAAAAUGACAUCCCGUCUUCCUAUAUGGCCUUAUUUCCUCACCUCCUGCAGCCAGUGCUUUGGGAAAGAACAGGAAAUAUUCCUGCUCUAGUGAGGCUUCUCCAAGCAUUCUUAGAACGCGGUUCAAAUACAAUAGCAAGUGCUGCAGCUGACAAAAUCCCUGGGUUGCUGGGCGUCUUCCAGAAGCUGAUUGCAUCAAAAGCAAACGAUCACCAAGGUUUCUACCUUCUCAACAGUAUCAUAGAGCACUUGCCUCCUGAAUCAGUUGACCAGUACAGAAAACAAAUCUUCAUUCUGCUAUUCCAAAGACUUCAGAACUCCAAAACCACAAAGUUUAUCAAGAGUUUCUUAGUCUUUAUUAAUUUGUAUUGCAUAAGAUACGGAGCGCUAGCAUUACAAGAAAUAUUUGAUGGUAUACAACCAAAAAUGUUUGGAAUGGUUUUGGAAAAAAUCAUUAUUCCUGAAAUUCAGAAAGUCUCUGGAAAUGUAGAGAAAAAGAUCUGUGCAGUUGGCAUAACCAAAUUGCUCACAGAGUGCCCCCCAAUGAUGGACACUGAAUACACUAAACUGUGGACUCCUUUAUUACAGUCACUGAUUGGUCUUUUUGAGUUACCCGAAGAUGACACCAUUCCUGAUGAAGAGCAUUUUAUUGACAUAGAGGACACGCCAGGAUACCAGACUGCCUUCUCACAGUUAGCAUUUGCUGGGAAAAAAGAGCAUGACCCUGUAGGUCAGAUGGUGAACAAUCCCAAAAUUCACCUGGCACAGUCACUUCACAAACUGUCAACUGCCUGUCCAGGGAGGGUUCCAUCCAUGGUGAGCACCAGCCUCAACGCAGAAGCCCUCCAGUAUCUCCAAGGAUACCUCCAGGCAGCCAGUGUGACACUGCUGUGACCUAUGUUUCCCUAAGUGGCUGAGCCCAGGAUGGUUCUGAGGAAUCACGUAGACUUCUGAGCACAGCAGCGUUCAGAAAAAGCCAGUGUUCCUUUUGAACUUGUCACAAAGUCCAUCUUGUAAAGUAUAUUAAAUGUCGAUUUAAGUUGAACCUUGAGCAAAUUAGGUGAUUUGUGUGAUCAUAAAUACACGUGGGUGACUUCUAGUUUACAACUUCAGGGGACAAGUAUUAACAGUACAACGUGUGACACUGAUUUGAGCAUUUGCACGGUUUGUAUAAUUUUAAAUUUUUGAUGGAUUCUGACUGUGGAGACUUCUUUCAGUUACUAAAUCCUUUUGUUUUAAAGCUGUUGUUGUUCAUAUUUCUCAUCCUUUGUAGUUUUUGUCUGUUUUUUAAGCUUUUAUUGAAAAUGUGAAAAAAAGAAAGGAAUCAUGGGUGUAACUGCUGAGCAAUGCACGGAGCGUAGGUUAAGUCUGUGAUCAGCAAUAAAGAAUUCCUAAAAUACUGAUCUAAGAACAUCUGAAGGACAGGUUUUCAGUAUUCUCUGAUGCUUUUAUAAAAAUGAAGAAUUUCUUUAACUCCCUUUUCCCUCUGGACUCUAUAAAAUCCUAAUUUCUAAGUCAUUAAAACUCAGUUUAGUCUCUUUUUUUUUUUUCACAAGGGGAGGCAGACUUAAGUACAGAUUUGGAGUUUGUGUUCUAGAGCCUUCUGUAGCAGUUCCGGGUUGGGAGUGUCUCGCUGUGGGAGAAAUGCUGUGCACCUUACUGGGGCUGUGUGAGGUGCUUCAGACGUGGUACCUGGGGAGAGACCUCAGGAGUGUGCGCAGAAUUGUUAAUUGUUGAUUGUAGUUAAACUGGAACCUCUAUACACAGGUUAAGUGAUUUCUCUCAGAAGUUACUUGUUUUUUGGGGUGGCUAUGUUGGAGUUUGAACACUUGCAAGGCAGGUGCUCUACUGCUUGAGCCACACUCGUAAUCCUUUUUGAUCUGGUUAUUUUGGAGAUGGGGUCUUGCUUUUUGUCCAGACUGGCCUGGAUCAUGACCCUCAUAUUUUAAGUUUCUCACUAACUGAGGUGACAAGUGUGCACCCCCAUGCCUAGCUUUUUUCUGUUGAGUUGGGGUCUUAGAAACUUUGCCCAGGCUAGCCUGAACCCUGAUCCUCCCUGAUCUCAGUCCACAGCGUAGUUUGGGAUGAUAGGCAAGAGCUCCUGCACUCCCUGAUGGGGAAAUGGGGGUCUCCUGAACUCCCUGCCCAAGCUGGCCUGGAGCCAUGAUCUUCCAGAUCUCAGCCCCCCAAGUAGCUAGUAUUACAGGAGUGAGUCACCAGCUCUAGACUUGAUGUCUUGUUGUUGUUGUUGUUAAUCUCGGGCACCUGACUUGAAUGCUUUCACUUUCACAUUUUUGUAAUGUUGCUUGAGAAAUUUCAAGCAGCCCCCAGUGUAUUUCUGCCGUAUUUUUUAGGUUUUCUUGCAUCUGUUGGUUUUGACACAGUAAUGGAAACAAACACUAAAUUUUACACUACUACUUUGGCUACUAUGGUGGAAGGACUGGGAAUCUAUUUUUGAAGUACAGAAUUUCUUUUCACAAGUGUGAAAAGUGUGGGGAAAGAAGGCAGGGCAUUGGUGAUGGCUUUGCCCUUCUGGAGGUGCUGUGAGCAGGGCAGCUCGGGUAUAACAGUGACCACGGGUCCAGAGACAGCUCACAGCUCAGAUUUUCUUUCUUGCGUCCAGAAAAUUGAGCCAUUUCUUUCUGUUUUGUUUUGUUUUUGAUACUGAGAGUUUGAACUCAGGGCCUUCACCUUGAGC